GCCCGCCAGCCACUCAGCACUCCAACUUGCAUCCAUUUCCCAAAUGACACAAUCCGCCGAGUGAAACUUUCCCCCACUCGUCCUAAACCCUAACCCCGGAACCUCGGAUCGAUCAGACACAGCUCCGCCGCAGCAAUGGCCGCCAUCUUCUCCGCCUCCGGCCGCCGCCUGCUCUCCACUGCCGCUGCGGCUGCGGAGUUCCCCGUCCCGAUGGCCCGCAUCCGCAACCUCGCCCGCGCGGGCCAGCUCGCCGACAUCGACGCCGCCGUCGUGCCGCUCGUGCCGACCAACCCCAAAGCCGUGAUCUCCGCCCUCUCCGUGGUCGGCCUCUCCGACCGGGCCUCCGCCAUCCUCACCACCAUCCCGUCGCCCACCGCCGAGCAUCUCAACGCCCUCCUGGCCCCGCUCCUCCGCCGCCGCCGCCUCGCCGAGCGCGUGCCUGCUCUGCUGGACGCGCACCCCUCGGCGCCGCGCGACGCCUUUACGUGGUCCAUCCUCGCCAAGUCCCUCUGCAUCACCAAAGGCGCCGACCACGCGGUGUACCUCCUCCACGGGGAGGAGCCGCCUUCCCUCCACCUCUACACGGCCAUCAUCGACUCCUACUACAAGCAAAAGAAGCCCCACCGCGCCGAGGAGCUGUGGCGCGAGAUGGUCGAGGAACGCGGCAUCGCGCCCGACGCUGCCGCUUACAAUGUCAGGAUCACCUACAAGUCGGCAACCGGCACGGUGGAGGAGGUGCAGGAGCUUAUCCGAGCCAUGGGCGAGGAGUCGGGGCUGCGGCCGGAUGUCAUCUCCUACAAUGGGCUGAUCCGGGUGCUGGGGCGGCACAAGAGGGUGGACGAGGCCCUGGAGGUAUACAGGAGCUUGCAGGAGAAGGGGGCGGCGGAGGGGAACACUGAGGCGAAGUUGGCACCGGAGUGCGCAACAUACGCAUGCAUGGUGGGGGCGCUGUGCAGCGAGGGGAGGUUGUCAGAGGCGGAGGACGUGUUCUACGAGGGGGUAAAGCGCAAGAAGGUUGCAGACCUGGGCACGGUGCGGAAGCUGGUAGUGGCUCUCAAGGAGGCUGGCAAGGGUCGGGCGGCGAGGCGGGUGGUGGUCGGGCUACGCAAGAAGUUCCCUGACCAGUUCGACGGUCCAUGGAAGGAGCUUGAGAAGGAUGCCGGCCUCACACCGGGUGCCAGCAACGAAGAGGAGGAAGUGGAGGAGGACGAGCAGCAGCCAGAGAAGACGGCGGCGGCGGUAUGAGCAUUCCGGGCAACAUCUGGAGGUCUUGAGGUUGAUCAGGAACAUGGUGAGAAACUGGGCGAUUCUCUCCUCCGGGUCAGACAAGGACAAGCUGAUGUCCUUCGUGGAAACCCUAACAAGAUCCCUCCAGAAACUGUUGGCGAUCACAUGUGGCCGAACAAGGCUCGACCUGCUCUGGGACUGGAUCCGUGGGCUCGGCUCAAGAUCUCUGAUGAUGAUGAUGGGCUCCUGUCGCCAAAGAAGAGAGACAUCCACCACGUCCAGCCCGGUGUCUCCGCUCCUUGCUUGCUGGUCGCCGCAGGCUGACACGGCCCCUCGGCUGAAGACCAUGAAGGCUUCGCUGGACCCUCCUUGUGCCAUUUGAGUGCUCUGCUUAGCCGCUCUUCCUUUGGCACCGCUCGAGUGACCGUGUUAUCAGAAAACAU